AUGGCCCCUGAAGACGAAAAGACACCCGGAGGUCUGACCCCGGGUGAAAGAGCCGACCACCACGAGGAUGGCACAUCGACAUCAACCGCCGCCAGCAUCAAGGACGACACUGCGGUCAGCAGCUCCCAUUCGGAUGAAGGUCCUUCGAGGGUUAUGAACCACGAGAUUGAGGCUCUUGCACGACAACUCACCAGAGCUUCUACCACAGUCGGCGCCGAACUUCAUGCUUUCUGUCCUCAGCCCGGCACCCGACUUGAUCCCGGUUCGCCCAACUUUGAUGCACGAGCAUGGGUCAAGGCCUUUGUCAAGCUCGACGAGUCCGAGGCUGGCUCUGCACCUCCUCGCAGUCUCGGUGUCGCCUUUCGAGACCUCAAUGUCUUUGGAUGGGGUACCGGUGCUGAACAUCAGAAGAGUGUUAUCGAUUAUCCAUUGGAUGUUGUCAAGUCUUUGGUUGAUCUCUUGAGUCCUCGAAAGAAGAGACGUGUCGAUAUUCUUCGCAACUUUGAGGGUGUUGUGGAGGAGGGCGAGUUGCUUCUUGUGCUUGGACCUCCUGGCUCUGGUUGUUCUACUCUUCUCAAGACCAUUGCGGGUGAAACAGCUGGUCUUGACGUUGACCCCCAGUCGUACAUGAACUUCCGAGGUAUCGAAGAAAGCCACAUGCGAACCUCGUUCCGCGGCGAUGUCCUCUACAACGCAGAAGUCGACACCCACCUCGCCCACCUCACAGUCGGCGAGACCCUCUCCUUCGCCGCAAGUGCCCACUCCCGCCGUCACGUCCCCGGCGGCGUGACCCGCGCACAGGCGGAUACAAUGAUGCGCGACGUCAUGAUGGCCAUCUUUGGCAUCAGCCACACUGUCGACACACGAGUUGGCGAUGACUUUGUUCGAGGUGUUAGUGGUGGUGAGAGGAAGCGUGUUAGCAUUGCCGAGGCUGCUCUCACAGGUGCCAAGUUGCAGUGCUGGGAUAACACUACGCGCGGAUUGGAUAGUGGGAACGCUAUCAACUUUUGCAAGACUUUGCGGCUGCAGGCUGAUCUUGUGGGAGUUGCUGGUGCUGUUGCUAUCUACCAGGCACCUCAGUCAGCUUACGAUUUGUUCGAUCGUGUUACUGUUCUAUACGAGGGACGGCAGAUCUUCUUUGGCAAGAUCACCGAAGCAAAGCAAUACUUUGAAGGCCUCGGCUUCGAGUGCCCUGAUCGACAAACCACUCCCGACUUCCUCACCUCAAUGACUAGCCCUCAAGAGCGUCGAGUGAAGCCCGGCUAUGAACGCACAGCCCCCCGAACCCCCGAUGAAUUCGCCGAACGAUGGCAAGCCAGUGAACCUCGCAAGCAGCUCCUCCGCGAACUCUCUGAAUACGAGGAGAACCAUCCUCACGAGGAGCGUCUGGCUGAAUAUCAAACCUCUCGUCGCGCAGAGCAGUUCAAGGGCCAGCGUGCCAAGUCUCCCUACACCAUCUCGUAUGCGCACCAGGUCAGACUCACGCUCUGGCGCAGCUGGCGCAGGUUGCUUGCUGAUCCUGGAUUCACGAUUGCUUCGCUCUUGUUCAACUUGAUCAUGGCGCUGGUUUUGGGAAGUAUGUUUUACAACCUCAAGAAUGAUUCGUCGACAUUCUACUACAGAGGAGGAAGCAUCUUCUUCUCGCUGCUGUUCAACGCCUUUGCUAGUCAGCUCGAGGUCCUGACUGUCUAUGUAGAGCGUCCCGUGGUUGAAAAGCACAACCGCUACGCCUUCUAUCACCAGUCCACCCAAGCCAUUGCCAGCUACCUCAUCGACCUUCCUUAUAAGACGGCCAACAUGUUUGUCUUCAAUAUCACUGUGUACUUUAUGGCCCAUCUGCGAAGAGAGGCAGGCAACUUCUUCUUCUUCUGCCUUACCUCAUACCUCACCACCUUGGUCAUGUCAAGCCUCUACCGCACGCUUGCCUGCCUGACUCGCACCUCUCACCAAGCCAUGGUUCCAUCCGCUAUUCUUAGUCUCGGCUUGAUGAUCUACACCGGCUUCACUAUCCCCACUGACUACAUGCUUGGGUGGUCUCGCUGGAUGAACUACAUCAACCCCCUGGCCUAUGCGUUCGAGGCCCUUAUGGCGAAUGAGUUCCACAACAGAGAGUUCCCUUGCGCCCAAAUGGUUCCCCGCGGCGGCAGCUACGAUGAUCUCCCUCCCGAGUCGAGGAUUUGCGCUGUUGUGGGCGCUGAGCCUGGAUCGAACGUUGUCAGCGGCGACAGGUACAUCAACAUGUCAUUUGACUACAGCAACGCUCACAAGUGGCGAAAUGUUGGUAUCCUGUGUGGUUUCCUCGUUGCCUUCUUCCUCACCUACAUCAUCUCGGCCGAAUACGCCAAGCCCCCUCAGAGCAAGGGUGAAGUCCUCGUCUUCCGCAAGGGCAAGAUGCCUCCUUCCCUUAAGGAGAGCAGCAAGGGUGACUCUGAAGCUCAAAAGACUGAACGACCUGUCGUGGCUGAAAAGAUUGCCAACAAUGGAUCCAGCGGUCUCGCUGCUGGUGCAUCCGUGUUUCACUGGGAGGAUCUUUGCUAUGAUAUUCAGAUCAAGGGUAAUGAGCGACGUCUUUUGGAUCAUGUUGAUGGCUGGGUCAAGCCCGGCAUGUCCACAGCAUUGAUGGGUGUUUCUGGUGCCGGAAAAACGACUCUCCUUGAUGUCCUCGCUACUCGUGUCACCAUGGGUGUCGUCAGCGGAGACACUCGCAUCGACGGAAAGCCAACCGACUCUUCAUUCCAGCACCGCGUCGGCUACGUUCAGCAACAGGAUGUCCACUUGAACACCAUGACAGUCCGUGAAGCUCUCGAGUUCAGCGCCCUCCUUCGUCAAUCCGCAGAGAUCUCCCGUGAAGAGAAGAUCAAGUACGUCGAACAGGUCAUUGAAAUGCUCGACAUGCAGGAAUUCUCCGACGCUGUUAUUGGAACGCCUGGUGAGGGUCUCAACGUCGAGCAAAGGAAGCGUCUUACUAUCGGUGUCGAACUGGCUGCUCGUCCUCAACUGCUCGUCUUCCUCGAUGAACCUACUUCGGGUCUCGACUCUCAGACUUCAUGGGCUAUUUGUGAUCUGAUUGAAAAGUUGACCGCUAGCGGUCAGGCUGUUCUCUGCACUAUCCAUCAACCUUCGGCUAUGCUGUUCCAGCGAUUUGACAGGCUGCUUUUGCUCGCCCCUGGAGGAAGGACUGUCUACUUUGGAGACCUCGGAAACGAAUCCAAGACCCUCCUCGAGUACUUUGAACGAAACGGUGCCCCUACCUGCCCUCCUGAUGCCAACCCCGCCGAGUACAUGCUUCAAAUCAUCAAGCCUACUCACGAUGACGAGGACGUUAUCGACUGGCACCAGGUCUGGAGAAACUCCCCCGAGUUCAAGGACGUCAAGAAGGAGCUUGCAAGACUGAACUCUCUGGCAUCUACCCAGCCUGAAGGUUCCUCUGCAUUCGCUGACGGUGAUGCAUCUCAGCACCAUGAAUUUGUGGCUUCCUUCAUGACGCAGUUCCGGGAGGUUCUUAUCCGUACUUGGAAGCACUUCUGGCGGUCUCCUACCUACAUCUGGUCCAAGACUAUCCUGAUUGUUCUCGCUUCACUGUAUCUCGGCUUCAGUUUCAACGCCAACAACAGUAUCCAAGGUCUCCAAAACCAACUCUACGCCAUCUUCAUGUACCUCAUCAUAUUUGGCAACAUCAACGAGCAGAUCAUGCCCAUGUUUAUUCCCCAGCGCGCCCUCUACGAAGUCCGCGAGAGACCCUCCAAGAUUUACCGAUGGAACACCUACAUCCUGGCCAACAUCCUCGUUGAGGUCGCAUGGAACAGCCUCAUGGCUGUCAUCAUGUACUUUUGCUGGUACUAUCCCGUGGGCUUUGUGCAAAACACCACGUCCGACGAUGUCAGCACUCGUGGAUUCCUCGUCUUCCUCUUCCUCCUCAUGUUCAUGCUCUUCACGAGCACCUUCUCUCACUUCGCCAUUGUGUGGAUUGAGACUGCCGAGGAGGCCGGUGUUCUCGCCUCGCUUAUGUGGAUGCUUUGCAUUUCUUUCUGCGGCGUCGGUGUCCCUUAUCGCGACAUCCCCAAGUUCUGGACAUUCAUGUACCGCACAUCUCCUGGCACAUACCUUGUCAGCGGCAUCAUGUCGACCGCUGUAUACGGCUCUAACGUUGAAUGUGCCGACAACGAGGUUCUUCACAUGGCGGCCCCUGCCAACAUGACUUGUGAAAGCUUUAUGGGUCCCUUCGUCCAGGAGGCAGGAGGAUAUCUUCUCAACCCCCUGUCUUCAGACACCUGCCAAUACUGCAGCCUCGCUUCGACGGAGCAAUUUCUGAAGAAUUUCGAGAUUGACUACAGCGACAGGUGGUGGCAAUUUGGCCUCCUGUGGGUCUACAUCGCCUUCAACAUUGGUGCUACUCUCGGUCUUUACUGGUACUUCCGAGUGCCCAAGGGCGCCGGAGUCAAGCGAAAGUAG